CGCUUACCCUCUCUCCCAGCCAGGCAGGCAGCAGAGCUGUGCCGAGCGGAGCCGAGCGGAGCCGAAGAGCCGAGGCGAGAUUAGCGGGCACUGCUGAGGGGGGGGAUCCCUGGGCGAAUGCACAGCGCUAUAAUUGUAGCCACCCCGGUUUUUCAUUUUUAUUCUUUUUCCUUUUGGUUGAUGUCGUUCGCUCUUCUUUUAUUUUUUACAAAUUUUAAUUCCCUCUCACCCCUACACCCCUCCUCCUCCCCCUCCUCCUCUUCUCUGCUGCUGCCGCCGCUGCACCACCACAACAGCCGUACCUCCUCAAUGCAAAACUAGCUAGCCUGAGAGAGCUAGCCGCCGCACACAGCGACCGACUGGUGGGGAGAUUUCUCCGAUUUCUCGUAUAGUAAGGGGGGAAACGAGCCGAGGAGGGAAAGGAGGAAUACCGAAGAAAAUAAUCAACACCCAGAAGUUAUUUUUGAUUGUGUGUUGCCCGCUGGCUGGCGCUUUUUUCCGGACCUAGUUUCAGGGACUGUGCUGAGGGAGAUCUAACCGACUGACUGACUGCAGCGGCGGCAAUGAGGAUUCCACAGAAAUACUAGCCAACAGCUAAAAAACAUUAACGAUCAUCUUCAGAAGAUUUUCGGUUGGGGAAUCGCACCCGUUGGAGGGGUGGCGAUUUCGGGGGGGGAGGGGGGUCCUUUGCCGGUGUUUUUUGGUCUGGUCUGGCUGCUAGCUCUGUGUUUGUGGAGGUUUAGGAGCCAGGCGGAGGGGAAGGAGAAGGAGGCUGCCGCCGCUAAUGGCUGCUCCGGGAAGCUGGACACGAACCGCCGCCGCCUGAGGUGGAAGCAGCUCAGGAUGCAAGCCCCCCCCCUCCUCUUCCCUCUGCCAGCCUGCUCCCGGCUACUCCCCCGCUGAGCUCACCAUGACCAGCCAGCACACACACCCCCCCUUCAGCAACAUCCAGUCCAUGGCUGAACAGCAGCAGGUGCUGUCUGAGAUGACCAUACUGCAGAGGAGGAUCCCCCCGAGUUUUCGAGACCCAGCCAGCGCCCCGCUGAGAAAGCUCUCCGUCGACCUCAUCAAGACUUACAAGCACAUCAAUGAGGUGUACUACACGAAGAAGAAGCGGCGGGCGCAGCAGGUGCCACCGGAGGACUCCAGCACCAAAAAGGAGCGAAAGGUUUACAACGAUGGCUACGACGACGACAACUACGACUACAUUGUGAAGAACGGGGAAAAGUGGCUGGACCGCUACGAGAUCGACUCGCUAAUCGGCAAGGGCUCCUUCGGACAGGUGGUGAAAGCCUACGACCACCACGAGCAGGAGUGGGUGGCCAUCAAAAUCAUCAAAAAUAAGAAAGCCUUCCUGAACCAGGCCCAGAUCGAGCUGAGGCUACUAGAACUCAUGAACAAACACGACACUGAGAUGAAAUACUAUAUAGUCCACCUGAAGAGGCACUUCAUGUUCCGGAACCAUCUCUGCCUGGUGUUUGAGCUCCUCUCCUACAACCUGUACGAUCUCCUACGCAACACCAACUUCCGGGGCGUCUCCCUAAACCUGACGCGGAAGUUUGCGCAGCAGCUGUGCACGGCGUUGCUCUUCCUGGCCACGCCGGAGCUCAGCAUCAUCCACUGCGAUCUCAAACCCGAAAACAUCCUGCUGUGCAACCCCAAACGCAGCGCCAUCAAAAUCGUCGACUUCGGCAGCUCCUGUCAGCUCGGCCAGCGGAUUUAUCAGUACAUCCAGAGUCGGUUCUACCGCUCUCCUGAGGUCUUGCUGGGGAUGCCCUAUGAUCUGGCCAUAGACAUGUGGUCUCUGGGCUGCAUCCUGGUGGAGAUGCACACGGGUGAACCCCUGUUCAGCGGCUCCAAUGAGGUGGAUCAGAUGAAUAAAAUAGUGGAGGUUCUUGGGGUUCCCCCAAACCACAUGCUGGACCAGGCCCCCAAAGCUCGCAAAUACUUUGAUAAGCUCUCUGACGGCCUGUGGACCGUCAAGAAGAACAAGGAUAUAAAGAAGGUACUAUACCCUUCAGCCUCUGAAUAUAAGGCUCCAGCGACGAGGCGGCUGCAUGAGAUCUUAGGGGUGGAGACCGGGGGUCCCGGGGGGAGACGGGCUGGUGAGCAAGGCCACGCCCCCUGCGACUACCUGAAGUUUAAGGACCUGAUCCUGCGCAUGCUGGACUAUGACCCGAAGACCCGCAUCACACCGUUUUAUGCCCUGCAGCACAAUUUCUUCAAGAAGACGACAGACGAGGGCACCAACACCAGCAGCUCCACCUCAACGAGCCCAGCCAUGGACCACAGCCACUCCACCUCCACCACCAGCUCCGUCUCCAGCUCUGGUGGAUCUAGCGGUUCUUCCAAUGACAACCGAAAUUACCGGUACAGCAACCGGUACUACAACAGUGCCGUCACUCACACGGACUACGAGAUGCAGAGCCCACAGGCGCCAUCCCAGCAGCAGUUGCGUAUCUGGCCGGGCAGUGAGGGCGGUCUGGGCCCGCUGUCAAACAGUGGCAGCGAUGCGCCGUAUCCGCAGCUCCUCCUGCACAAGCCUGCCGCCUCGCAGCACGCCCGCCACUUCCUCGGCAACGUGGGGGGCAUGAUGGACCCCCCCCAUCACCCCCACCCAGUCUACGGCGGGGGUCACCACGGCAAUGGCCGGCCACUCCGGCAGCAGCAGCAGCAACAGCAGCAGCAGCAGAGCCAGGCCCAGGGUCAGACUCCGCAGGGUCCGCAAGGCCAGACGCUGAUGCCAGUCUCGUCUCCGCAGAUGCAGGACAGCAUCGAGCUGAGCCUAACGCACCACCACCACCUGGCCCAGUCUUCCAUCGUGCAGCCCCCGCCGUCGAGUUUGGACUCCAGUCAGUACGGAUCCUCCAACAUCCACCUGGGCCUCUCCGCCUUUCGGACUAGAACGGCCCUGGCUCCGCCCCCCCAGCCUCCGACGGCCUCCUCGCAGCAACAGCUGGCCCAAGCCCCGGCCGCUCAGGACAGCAUGGUGCCUGCCUCCGGCCUGGGCUACAUCCCCCCCUGUUACCCAGGCAACAACAAUAAUAACCCACCGCCCCAGGGCAGCGGGAUGCUUACCGGCGCCCCCCCAAGGGGCGGAGGAGCAGGGGUCGUGCGGCCAGAUUCGGAAGAGUCCAUCAUGAUGGGCGUGUGCGGAAGCGGGGGAGGCGGCGGCCAGAGCGCGGCCAACUCUUGAUAAAUCUUGAACAAAUUCCAAAAGCCAUACAAAAAAAAAAGAAUUUUAACGAGAAACAUAAAUGAUUAAAAACAAACAACAACUGCAUACACAAACAUAAACACACACACACACGUAGUCCACACCCACACCACACACACGGCCACACGACAGAGAAAAAACUUGUGAAAUAUCAAAGGAUUAUUUUGGUUGUUUUUUGUUUUAUUUUCUGUUUUGCAUGGGGGAGGAGAAUGGGAAGAUUUAAUUUUCCUUUUCUUAAUUUUGUUUGGAAGGAAAAGAGCGGGAGGUGGAGCGGUCAGAGCAGAAAGUUUUAGGACGUUUGUUUUUAUCGUUAUUCUUAUUAUAUUAUUGGAUUUUAUGUGAGAAUAGGUUUGCAGCGAGAGAUUUCUUUUUGGGUUUUUUUUUCGUUCUGUUUUGUUUGCCAGGCCCCCAGGUGAGUGGAGAUCGGAGCGAUGAAUGUGUUAGAGGAGGGAAGCAGCAGGAGAAAGAGAGAGGGAGAGAAGAUCCUAUAUGAUGUUUUCUUUUUAGUUUAAUUGUACAUUUUUAAUUUAUUAAGAAUCACUACAGAAGGAGAGAGAUGGUGGGAUUGGGAGGAGAGCUAAAGAGGUGGGUGUUUUUUGUUUUGUUUUGUUUUUCGGGUUUAUUUAUUCGACGUGUUUAUUUUAUUUAUACAGGUUUGUUUUUAUUUUUGAGGGACAGACGACACUCAAUGCAUACACAAAACAAAACAAACAAACAAAAUGGGAUUGAGUUGUUUUUCAUUUCGACUUUCUCUCACCCGUGACUUACACAAACACUUUUGUUACUGAUUGACUUUUUUUUUUUUUGUUUGUUUCUUUUUUUCUUUUUUAUGUUUCCAGUCUUUUUCUCGCUUGACACACUGGCUUAUAUAUCUCAAAACUAUGAAACAAAUCUUACGAAUAAAAUAAAGCAAAUGACAAAAACCGUAGUCACACCACGGUGAGAAAAACCACGCAAGGAGGAGGAGGCGGAACCAUUUUGCCGACGCGAGCCGCUCCGAAAGCGAAGAGGGGGGACCUUUAGCUAAAUCUUUACAGAAAAAAAGGAGGAAGUGAAAAAAAAAACGACAAACAAAACACUCGGCCAGAAGGAAAACCAAAAUGCUUCCCUGAUGUUUGUUUUUCAGAAAAAAAAUAGUCUGCCUUCUUCAUCAUCCUUACCAGACUUUCUCACCUCUUUUCUCACGUUUAUUUGUUUUCUCUCUCUUUCUCUCUUGCUCCGUUUCUCUUUCAUUCUUCUCCUUACUUUUGUUUUUCGACAGGAAUCGGUGAAAAGCGCAUUUGUAUUAACUCUGGAUAUGCUAAGCCAAAUCUUGCUCUUUUUCCCUUUCUCUUUUUUCUCACUCUCUUUGCUUUUUUUCUCUCUGUCUCUAGCUUAUCACUCUUUUGUUGUUUUUCUGUUUUUUUUUUCCUUUCCUUUUCUUCCUGGCCCCAUAUUUGUGUUGGAAGGAAGAGGAGACGGGUGAGAAAAGCAGGAGGGAGGAAGCUGUAAAAACGAAGGAGACUCCUCCGCCACGCCCUCCUGCUCUAACCUCUCUCUCUCUCUCUCUUUCUCUCUCUCUCUCUCUCUCUCUUUCUCUCUCUCUUUCUCUCUUUCUCUCUCUCUCUCUCUCUCUCUCUCUCUCUCUCUCUCUCUCUCUCGUCUUUCCUCCCCCUUCCUCCUUCCUCCUCUGCAACACUCUGUGAGUGCUGUUUUGCCAUCAAGUCAAAAAAAAAAGAAAAAAAAAAAGUGAACUACUUCUCUCUCGGCUGCUAUCUCCACUCUCAACCAUGUUCGGAUUGCUGCUAAAGAAAACAAA